ACAAAAGCUUCGUUGACAAAAGUUGUUUGCAGCAGCACCUGAAUUUUCUGUUUUUUGAAACUUGAAAUCUGGGUUCUAUUAUUCUACAAAAGUUAAUUACGCAGGACGUUGUCAGUCUUUAUAAUUAUUUUAGAAAUUCGGAUUCAGUGAAACUUGAAAAAUGGUGGAGCCUUCGAUCCCUGAAGACAUUCUCGACGACCUUAGCAGCCGCUUCAUAAUAAACGUGCCAGAGUUGGAGAGAAAGGAUUUGGUGCGGAUAUGUUUUCAAAUAGAAUUGGCGCACUGGUUUUACUUGGACUUUUAUUGCGCCGCAGACUCUCGCAAAUUGAAAUCGUGUACGAUGAAGGAAUUUGCAACACAAAUUUUUCAACACAUACCUUUCCUUCAGCCCCAUGUAUCGCACAUAGAUACAGUGAUAGAGCAGUGGCGAGGGUACAAACAGAGUGUACCGACGUAUGGAGCAAUAGUUCUCAAUGACGACUUAACCAAAGUUUUGCUAGUUCAAAGUUAUUACGCAAAAAACAGUUGGGGUUUCCCCAAAGGUAAAGUGAACGAGGACGAAGAUCCUUCGCAUUGUGCAGUGCGAGAGGUCCUCGAAGAAACUGGCUUUGACAUAUCUGAACUCAUUGACAAGAAUGAAUACAUUGAAUCCACUAUUCACGAACAAUUAGUUCGACUUUACAUUAUCUCCGGUGUUGGGAUGAACACCGAAUUUAAACCCAAAACUCGCAAAGAAAUCAAGAAUGUCGAAUGGUUUGCUCUAGCUGAUUUGCCUAACAACAAAAAAGAUAUGACACCUAAAAUCAAAAUGGGUGUGGGUCGUAAUGCUUUCUUCAUGGUCGUCCCUUUUGUCAAAAGAAUGAAACGUUGGGUCGCAGAGAAACAGCAGCGCGAAAAAAACGUGACAACAACACGAAGACAUCGUCACAAAUCUUUAGGUGAUGUUGAAUCAUCUUCCAAGAGUAAACGUCAACAACAAAUGUUUUCGCAAUCCGUGCAGAACGAAAUACCAGACGUUAAAAACACGAGACGAUUGAACACCUCGCCAGCUCGAAGUCGUCGAAGCGCUUUCGAUACAAAAUCCUCUCAAAAAUCCUCGUUAGAGAACACCAAUAAAAACGGAUCGAAAGGAGCAUUUAAGCGUAAUUUAUUUGGAGAAAGCGAAGAAGAUCAAACGGUAGCUGUUUUGGCGAAACAAUUGGUCGACAGUCCCCAACUUCAAAGGCCUUGUUCUGUCCUACACGAUACAGCGAUACAAUCAAUCAAAUGCUCCGACUUUAAUUACAAACGGACUCCAACCAAGCAACCUCGAGGUAAUUCGAGUGCAUCCAAUAAGCAUGCAACGAACGAAAUAACCAGUGGAAAUAUAAAAUCGUUACUAUUCGGCGACACGACGGAAAAGUUGACUCCCGAUCUUAAGGACAUUCCACCACCGUUCAGCCCUUUGCGGCACGGGAAUAAAUCGCCUUUCACCCGAAAAACUUGUCCAAAUACGCAGGAAUUGUCGAUGAACCUUCAUUCGAAAGUUUGGACUCACUUUAAAUUCGACAGACAAGCUGUGCUAAAUUGCUUCUAAUGGAAAAACAGAAAAGUAAUAUAAUGAUAGUUGAAGUUGAAGAAAAACACACUCUCGAAUUUAGGUUUAAUGAAAAUUUGCUUCCAAAAAAAUUAUGAAUUUAUUUUAAAAAUUCAAUAUAAAAGGAAACAAUUUUUGACACUGUCACGAAAACAAAUCUUCAACGUAGUAUUGAAAGAAGAAAAAAACCAAUUGAAUUCCAAAAAAGAGAUUACGAAUGAAUCGUAAUCGUUUACUGAAAAAGAUCUCGAUAAAUUAUAUAAGUAAACUAGCCAAUCAAUUAAGACUUUUAUGGAAUAUAGGAAUGAAAUCUUCCUAUCGAAAAACCGGCUUGUAAAAAUGAUGUUCAUUUUUUGUAUUUUUUUUUUCAGCGAAUUCGAAACAAAUGUGAUACGUAUUUGAAUUUGCAUGAAGUGAAAACGUUUUUUUUUUCUACGCCAAUUGCGCGAAUCCUUGAAUAACACUUUAAAAUUAGAAAUAUAGUUAUUGUAAUGACGAUUAUGAUAAUUAACGUAAAACGAUGCAAUUCAAAUGGAAAUAUUUUCAACUCUUGUCAUAUGAACGGAAAUCAACUUUUUCGGUUGGGUAGGAGAUUAGAAAUUGGGGGACAAAAAAGUCUAUAAUUCACAUGUCGUUCCUAUCUUUAUUGUUGAUUGAUAAUAAUUAUUAUAAUUAAUCUAUGAUAAUAAUAAAUAAUGAGUCAAUAGCCCGUAAUUAAUAAUUAGUCAACCAGUAACGAGAGACUGAAUAAUUACUAGCAUAAUCGAGCUAUUAUUGAAUCAGUAUAAUCGCUUGAUGAUAUAAUUAUAAAUUACGAGUUAUUAAUUGAAAAUUAAUUCUUUUUUAGUUAUAUACAGUUUUUAGACGAGAUACAUUUUGAAAAAUGAAUCUAUUUCUUGAAAAUGACGAUAAAAAUGUACAUUAUUAUGAGAAGUAAGAGAACGAAGUAAAUUAAUUUUUUGAGUAUCACAA